AUGAAAUCAUUAAAAAAGAACAUAGAAAAUCUAUAUCCAUAAUUUACUGUUGUAGAAGUGCUUCGUUAUAAUAAAUUCAAAAAAACUAUUAUCCUUAGAAGAGUUAAUAAGCUUUACAUCUUAAGGUUAUACUGUUUAGAAGGAGUUAAUAAGGAUAAAGUACUAUCUUUAAUCUAAUUUAUCAAUAAACUAUCUAAAACUUGUAAUCCUCAUAUAGUUAAAUUUUAUGAGGCCUCUCAUGAUGCAGAUAAUACUUAUUUAGGGUAUUUUGAUAUAUAAUUUAUAAGAGUGAUAAGCUAAUAUAUUGAUACUCAAUAUUAAUGUCCUUUAAAUGAAUAAGAAAUCCUUAAUAUACUAAUUUAAGUAUUUAAGAUCAAAAUUAUUAGGUUUGCUCAGCAAUUGAAUUAUUUCAUCCUAAGCAUCCUCAUGGAAAAAUAAGUUUAUCAAAUCUAUUUUACUCUCAAACUACUACUAUGUUGGGAGAUAUGAAUAUUUUAUAUUAUCUUCAUUAAGACAAUUAUUAAGAUAUAUAUUUAUUAGCUCCAGAAUUUAUUAAAUAAAAAAUUUAUGAUUGUAAAUCUGACAUAUGGAUGCUUGGAAUUUUGAUUUAUUAGUUAAUGUUUAAGGAAUAGCCUUUUAAAGCCAAUAAUAUAAAUGUUUUACAUAAAUAAAUACUAAAAGGGAUUAAAUUUAUAUAUCAUCCAUAAUAUACUCUAAAUUUAAAUAAUUUGUUAAGAAUACUACUUUGUUAUGAUCCUGAAUUAAGACCCACUAUAAGUUCAAUUAGAACUUUUGCUGAAUAAGCUUUAAUAAGUUCAGAAAAGUUCGACAUUUUUUAAAUCUUACCAAAAUAUAAAGUUGAUCAAAUCAUCUUACAAAAGAAGAAAAAAGAAAUAAAGCGUAAUGUGAAAGAUGUUUAAAUUUAUCUGAAUGAUCAAACUUUCAAAUAUCCUUCUUUUAAACCUUCUAAAGUUUUAAAAUCAGAUAAGAAGAUUUAACAAACAAAUCCAUCUCCUUAAAGGCAACUAGAAUACUCAAAUAACAAUGAUAGUUCUUUAGAUAUUUAAUAAUAAUUUCCUACUUUAUAAAUAGAAUAAUAGAUAGAAAGUAAAAAGAAUUUAUCUUUCACUGAGAAAUAUUCUUAAUCAUCAAAAAAGAAAUUAAAUUAAUCUUAAAGUUCUUAAAAAUAAUAACAAAUCAAUUAGGAAUCCCUUUAUCCUGUUUAAUUACCAAAAGUGUUAUAAUAUUCAUUUAGCAAAAUUAAAUUUAGACAUGAAUUAAAUUCUACAAAAUAACAUAAUGAAACAGAUUAGUAUUAUGAUUAAUAUAUUUUAGUUAAGAUGAAUAUCCAAAUAAUUUUGUUCAAUAUUAAGACAAAUAUUUUGAAUCCAAAAUUAGGAGAUCUCCUCCUAAAAUGUUAUUUCAUCAAUAUGGUGAAUCUGCUUAAAGAUCUUUCAGUUAAAGAUAAUGA